AUGAAACUCACUGGAAUCGUCUACAUCCAGGAGCGCUAUGGAGCAAUUUUCAACAUGGAGGAGAAAUUGUUACGUGUGCCUGGUAAUAGAAGACAGUAUUUCACUGACAGAAAACUUAUACUGAGUGGGGCAGCAACACCCUGGCGCCAAACCUCUUACUCCAAAGUGAAUGGAAAUGCUGCAGCACUGAAUAAAAAAAGUAUGAGAGCAGUGGUGACAGGAGGUGGAGGCUAUUUUGGAUACAAGCUGGGAUGUGCUCUUGCCAACGCAGGAGCUUCUGUUGUUCUGUAUGACAUACACAAGCCUAUCUGGGAAAUUCCCAAUGGAGUAGUGUGUAUCCAGGCAGAUGUCAGGGAUUAUGAUGCCGUAUUUGCAGCCUGUGAAGGGGCUGACUGUGUGUUUCAUGUAGCUUCAUAUGGAAUGUCAGGAAGAGAGCAAUUGCACAGAGAAGAGAUUGAAACUGUAAACAUUCAUGGAACAAGAUUCAUCAUUGAUGCCUGCAAACAAAGGAACAUCGCUAGGCUGAUAUACACCAGUACAGUAAAUGUGGUGUUUGGAGGGCUUCCUAUUGAAGAUGGUGAUGAGGAAACUGUGCCAUACAUUCCAAUUGAAAAGCAUGUUGAUCAUUAUUCCAGAACCAAAUCAAUUGCAGAACAAAUGGUACUAGCAGCUAAUGGAACUCCACUAGCAGGAGGUGGAGUACUCUAUACAUGUGUUCUUCGCCCACCAGGAAUCUAUGGACCAGAAGAGCAAAGACACUUGCCAAGGCUAGCAAAGAAUAUUGAGAGAGGGCUACUUAACUUCAAGUUUGGGGAUCCUUCUGCUAAAAUGAACUGGGUGCAUGCAGAGAAUCUUGUACAAGCUCAAAUUCUAGCCGCUGAAGCUCUCACCCCUGAAAAGAACUACAUAGCUAGUGGCCAGGUGUAUUUCAUUAAUGAUGGCGAAAAAUUCAACCUUUUUGAAUGGUUAACUCCACUUUUUGAAAGAUUAGGUUGCAGUAAACCACGGAUACGUGUUCCUACUUCCUUAGUUUAUGCAUCAGCCAUGAUAAUGGAAUACCUUCAUCUGAUGCUGAAGCCAUUUGUUGAACUGACCCCACUGCUGACCAGAAACGAGGUACAGAACAUUUCUGUAACUCAUACAUUUCGAAUAGACAAGGCACGGAUUCAGCUAGGGUACAGCCCAGAGAAGUUUGCGUUUGCUGAUUCUGUGGACCAUUACAUUAAAACAAGACCAGAAGCCCAGAAUCAUCACAUCUUUCUCAAAGUUUUGAUUUCUUUAAUUGUUAGUUUAAGUUUGAUAUUUCUUUCUUUAAGAUUUGAUGGCCUUUCAGUUUUGCACUUUUUUAAAGAAACACAACACUGA